AGUCAGUGAUCACGUGUCAUCUACUACGAUUCGCUGAAGUUGGAAAAAAGUUUGACAAGCCCGAGGAGCCCCUAAAGAUCAGCCGCAGGAGCAAGGAAGGAGCCACAUUAUCGAUACUAACUCUGUUUUACGGCGGACCAACGAUGCAAUCCGUCGCCCAGAAAGUGAUGACUUCGGGGUUCAGUCUUGACCUGAGCCCUCUGAAGGAGCCCCUGGCAUUCAUCCGUCUGCUAGAAUGGGUGUUCUCCAUAUUUGCCUUCGCUACGACGGGCGGUUACAGCGGCACCACCAGUGUCAACGUCCAAUGCCAUGGGACUCCAAGCGAAGAAAUCAAGGCACACUUUAACUAUCCAUUCAGGUUGAUGGACAGUCCCUACAGUGUUCCCAAAUGCAUAGUCAAUGAAACGACCACCACUACUCAAUACCUGACUGGAGACCAUGCAUCGUCGGCACAGUUUUUCGUCUGUAUUGGAGUGUUCGCCUUUCUCUACUGCACUGCCACGCUAGUCCUCUACCUGGGCUACCAGCACGUAUACAGGGAAUCUAGUCGUGCUGCCAUUGUGGACCUGUUGGUGACUGCAGCCUUUGCCUUCUUGUGGUUGGUAUCAUCCUCUGCCUGGGCUAAAGGCUUGACAGAUGUAAAGUGGGCCACCAAUCCUGUUGUCAUCGAAUCACUUCUUGAAGUUUGCAAAUCUGGCAUUAACAAGUGCAGCCCGGGUGCUGUGCCUCACAUGGGCAGACUAAAUGCCUCUGUGGUUUUUGGAUUUCUGAACCUCAUCCUCUGGGGAGGCAACUGCUGGUUCAUCUACAAGGAAACUCCUUUCCACAAAACACCCAACCAGCCUGCAGAUGCGGAGGGGGCAGUUGGGCCAUCGUAAACACAGAGCUCCCUCAUUCCAAAAGUGUCUAACAUGUAGUGUUAUUGACUGAGUCAUUUUGGUACUAAUUGUUCAAAGAAAAAUACCAUAGGAUACAAGACAUACAUUUCUAAAAUUGACUGCUCCUCUUUUGUAUUAAUUUUAUAUUUAGAAUCUCACAUUUCAGAGCCAAAAUUAUUUUUUUUUUUUCAUAGUGAAAUCAAUAAAUCAUAGCAGUCAAAAAGGUUAUUCUCAUAGAUGCUCAGUUUGUAUUGUAUAACAUAAUUAUACCACAACUAUGUGAGUUAUCUCCAAUGGUACUGCAGGUGUGGACUCUGUUAUCCUGUGACCUACCAGCAGUAUUCUGCGCCAAACAGUACAUCCUUUCUGCCAACAGCAUUUAAAAAAAAAAAACUCAGGGCUAUUCAGUGUAUGCAUGUUAUAAAAAAAUAGACCGACAUCGAUUAUUAACACAAGUCUAGACGAGGCAAUACCAAAUUUGAGUCAAGUCCUAAAAAAGUAAAAAUGUAGUAGUUACAUUGAUUUCAUCUUACAUUGUUGUUCAUUGGAAAGAAAAUCAGUUGCCAAUAUGAGAUUAUUUAUGAUGUGUGAAAGCAAUUUUAUUGAAUCUGUUUUGUGUUCACUUGCACUUCACCAUCUCUGUAUUAGGCUAAAUUCUAGCAGCUAAAUAUUAAGUUGAAUGUAGCUGAUAUAUCUGUUUAGAGCAUUUAAAAACUGUUUCACUUAUUUGGAAGAAUUUGUGGUUUUUUUUGUUUUUUUUACAUUUUAUUUUCCUGUCUGUCCUGAAUGUCUACAGUUUCUAACAAAAUACCCCGGAACAGUCUUAAAGAGUUGCAAAGCAAAUACUUAUCAGUUGAAUAACCUUAGCAACGUGUUACAUGUUCCUAAAUAUUCCACAAACCAUUGAGUGAUCUCUAACCUCUUACUAAUUUACAACACAUUGUUCUUGCUUAUGUCUAGCUUCUACCUCCACUUUGUUUCAAGGGAAGGCAAGCUGUUUUUUUUCAAUGUUACUGCCAUCUUUAUGAUUUUCUACCUUGAUAUAGCUCGGCUUGAUCCAUUGCUGCGUUGAUAAAAGUGUCAUAUAGAUGAGAUUGGAGUUCAUGUUCCAGUCCAGGAAGAUACUGCGUGGACAAUAAAUGCUGUGCAUCAUUAAAAGAAAUGAUUGGAUUAA